UGCAGAUUGUAGGCUAUCAUAGCUCUACCAUCUAUAAUGGAUUUGUUCAUACGAGCCUCUUUGUUUUUGUGGAUUUCUGUGGGGAUUGUAUCUACGGCCAGUACAGCAUGCAGUGAAGAGGAUGCAGAUAAUACCACUUCUACAGAAUUCAAACAUGUGUUCGAGAAUAUGGCCUAUGAGUUUUCUCAAAAGCCAAAGAGCUGGUCUCAAGCCCAGGAGUCCUGCAAGGAACGAGGAGGGAAACUUCUGAGGGAUCUGAAUUGCAAGACCAAGAGCUUCCUUCAGGACUUCUCGAAAGAGAGACACACAAAAAACCUCACUUGGUGGGUGGCUAAGGGUGUUAUAGGGCAGUACCAGGUGCCAGUGAUCGUGUAUAAUGCUACAGGAGAGACUGGUACUUCUAAGAGUAAUGGGAGGGUCCCGCUCCUCUGCACCUAUGUGAUGAUGGAUCCCUUUCAGCUGGUGACCUCAACCAACUGCAGCGCUCAGCGUGGCUUCCUCUGCACCCUGGUUUUUAAUAUCUCUACAAAUGCAUCAAAGAGUAUGGACAAACAGGGAGCAAGUGGCAAAUCAAGACACUGGAGAAGCCAUCAAAUUAAAGUAAACCGUAUGUCAAGGAGUCUGUCUAGCAUGGAGAAACAAGUGACCAAGAUGGAUGAGCUCCUCAAGGAGGCUCAGAUGGAACUGGAAAGAAUGGAAAAGGCUAUAGGAGAGCCUACAGACGCCAACGGGAAAAAGUACCUUGAGCUUCUACUACAUGGAACACAGAUGCUGUUUCCAAGUGCUUUGAGAUUAGACAACACAACAGCUAGCCUCCUCAUCAACUGUGCUGGGGGUGUCAUACUCCUCAAAAUGAAAAGAUGUAGCAAGGACAGUGACACUAAAGUGGACAAGGAAAUGUUUGAUUUGACCUUUGAGAUUUAUAAGGCGGUAAGCUUAGUAAUGACCACAGAACUAAAUGAGGCCUUCAUCGUGAAGCACCCAACAGGCAGCAUCUACCAGAUCAGCCUCACCCAAUCACAAAUGCAUAACAAGGUUCUCGGGUCAGAUGACGAUGCAUACAUCAAGCUUCCAUCUUUCUCAGCAUUACAGUCCUCUCUGGAAAACCACUCAGUUGUUAAUGUGCAGAUGACCACUUUUAUGGGCAACCCAUAUCCGUCGACUGAAAACAUCACAGGAACAGUGUGUACCCUUGUACUAAGGGAUGGAUUGACGGAAAUCAGUGUAGAAAACUUGACAGAGCUAAUUGAGAUCGUUCUGCCACGCCCAGAUGCUCCUGUGCUCUCUGGUAUAAAUGUAUCCUUGGAGGAAGGGGCUCAGGUUGGGACCUCUUUCAACACUACGGACCCCAACAUCACAGUCAUAUUCACCGUAGAGCCCAGUGUCAAUGUGUCCAUAGAACUGCUGCUGGGCCUGGGCUCCCCACCCAAUGACACCCACUAUAAACACCGCACCGUCCUGAGACACACAGAGGGUUAUCGCUGGCUGGUCACCCCUGAGAUGUUGGAAAAGGGAACAGGCACCUGGUAUGUGAAUGCCAGUCUGUUUAACUCAACCUGGAGCAAAGGAUUGACACUACAGAUCACCACCUUCACUACUAAGUGCAUGUACUGGAACACUAAACAGCUGACAUGGAGCAUAGCUGGCUGCUGGGUGGGUAUACAGUCAACUCCCAGGAUGACACAUUGUCUGUGUAACCACCUGACAUCGUUUGGGAGCUCUUUCUUUGUGAUGCCCAACUACGUAGACGUGUCGCUCACAGCUCAGUACUUUGCCACAGUGAAUGAGAACUAUGUGGUGGUGGCGUUGCUCUCUGCCUUCUUUGGCCUGUACCUGGUCACUCUGCUCUGGGCCUGCUAUGCAGACAGGAGGGCCCUCACCAGGAGGAAGAUGACACUCCUGAAGGAUAACCACCCAUGUGCCAAUUAUAACUACCUACUGAAUGUCCAGACUGGCAGUCGGAGAGGGGCGGGUACCUCUGCCAAUGUGACAGUCAAGUUGGUGGGUACACAGGGAGAGAGUGAGCCCCACCACCUAAGUGACCCUGAUAAACCAGUAUUUGAGAGAAGGGGUGUGGACUUGUUCCUGGUGACCACACCCUUUCCCCUGGGGGAGCUGACGGGCAUCCAGCUGUGCCAUGACAACUCUGGGGGGCACCCCUCCUGGUAUCUCAACAAGGUGACGAUCCAAGACCUGCAGAGACAGAAGGUUUGGCAUUUCCUAUCCUCAUCAUGGCUGAGCUCCGACAGGGGGGAGGGGCUGACCAAGAAGACCCUCAACGCUGCCAAGAAGAAUGAGAUCAGAAGCUUUAGAAAUAUUUUCCAGACCAGGACGUCGUCAGGUUUUAGAGACCAGCACAUCUGGGUGUCCAUCGUAGACCCUCCCUGGCGUAGCCCGUUCACCCGAGCACAGAGGGUGUCCUGCUGCAUGAGCCUCCUGCUCUGCACCAUGGCCAUCAACAUCGCCUUCUGGAAAAUCCCCAAAAACCAGCAGUCUCCUGUCAUCUUCACCAUUGGUUCGCUGGAGGUCACUUGGGAGGAGAUCAUGGUGGGGGUGGAAAGCGGUUUGCUCAUGUUCCCCAUCAACAUCCUCAUCAUCACCAUAUUCCGCAGUAUCAAGUCGCGAGUUGCCCAACCAAAGGAGAAGAACCACGAUAUGCAGGGCCUGAAACCCCUCGCUGUUACCAUGCCAACCAUUCUUAAGGACACAGAGGAGAUGGUGAAUCUGCUCUGUAAGAGCCAGAAGAACAAAGUGCCUGAGCUAGAAAAGAAGCUGGAGUCAUGCGAUGACCUUUGCUCAGCCUUGGGCAGAGUGCAAGGGGUCAUUCAGCUUAUGCAAGGGUUGAGUGAGGGUGACCCACACUGGAUCUACUGCAGCAAGUUUGUCCUGUACUUCCUCCACCACCUGUCCAUGUGCCUGGAGCGGCUGGAUGAGAGUGCCUUCCCCACCCCAGAGGCCCGUCAACACAUCCUGAACACCGUCCACCUGCUGCAGAAGACGUCCGAGAUGGUUUUUACCAGCCACAUGGCUUACAGUCCUCCCCGUGUUGCUAGGGAGAAAAGAAAAAGCUCAAGCUGCUGGCUGCCCUGGUGGUUUGUGUUUGUGGGCUGGUUCUUGCUCGUCUCCAUCAGUGUGGUGUCCACGUACUUUACCCUGAUGUAUGGCUUUGCCUAUGGGAGGGAGAAAUCCAUCCAGUGGGUUAUCUCUCUGGCCAUGUCCCUCUUCCAGAGCAUCUUCAUCCUGCAGCCUCUUAAGGUAAUUGGUAUGGCGAUCUUCUUUGCCCUCCUCCUCAAACCAGUGGCAGUAGAAGACAGUGAGGAGGUUGGACUACUCCUGAAAGAACAACAGGAGAUGUGUAAAUUGUACUCCGGUAGGGAGAUACACUGAAGAAACACAAUUUAGCUCUACAUGCUGUCUCCAGAGGAUCGAUGGCGUUGGAAGACCUGAUGCCCUACAACAGACAUCCUCUGCUCUGCUGCGCUGACUAUCAACGUGGCAAACUGAGAAUAUGAGUUCUUUGAAAAUAUAGUUGUUUUUAUUGAAUACUUGUUACUCUUAUAAGAAAUGUAUAAGGCAUAAUAUGUUUGAAUGUACUGAAAACUACUGUAUAAUUGAAAUUGUAAUAUUUAGUAAUAAGCUGAUAGUUAGAAACUUUUAUUCCUGUGGAUUGUAUGAAGUUACUCAAUGUACUCGGUUAUAUUUAUUUUAUCACAAACCGCUGAUAUAUUAUUUUACAUUGUACAUUUAUAUUUACUUUUAAGUAACAUACAGUCACCUCCAAAAUCAUUGUCACCAGAGCUAUAUUGAAUGUUUUCUGAGAUUAAAUAACACAUUGCGAACGAUCUUAGACCACUCCUCCAUACAUAAUCUUUCCAGAUCCAUGAUAUCCUUCUGUCUGCGCUCUGGACUGCACUCUUCAGUUCAAACCACAGGUUUUCAAUGGGGUUCAAGUCCGGAGACUGAGAUGGCCUUUGAAAAUGUAGAUUUUCUUGGUUAAUUUAUAAUUUCUUUGUGGAUUUUUAUGUGUGCUUGGGGUCAUUGUCUUGCUGGAAGAUCCACUUGUAGCUAAGUUUCAGCCUCUUAGUAGAGGCAACCAGGUUUUUGGCUAAAAUGUCCUGGUACUUGGUACAGUUCAUGAUACCGUUCGUUGACCUUAACAA